GGAGAGACCGGCUGAGAGACCGUCUCCUCGCAAGCGGCGACAGCGGGCUUCUACCGACCAUAGUUAAAACCGGUCCCCAGAGUUUGCCAGCAUCGCCAGGCAGUACCUUGCGAUGAGAAUGUCUGACACGACCACCGAAGAAACGAUGGUUUCCGAGGCUUCCAACGCAGUAUCGACCCCAAAGGACGUCGCCGCCAAGUCAGAGACCGUUGAGCAGGGCCAGUCUGACAGAGAGAAACACAACAGUAACCACAGUAGGGAUGCACAGCCUGCCAAGUCCUCAAAGUCCAAUGCUAAGCAAAAGCUCAUGCGGGGCCUGGCGGUGUGUGAAGAAUCCCCACCUGCCUUCACCACUGAGCCACCAGCUGCACCCCAGGAUGGAUUUCGUCUCAAGAUGUGCCAGCUGCCAGAAAAGGAGGAACUUUCUGUGGAGGACCAAGGUGAAAGAGAAAGCAGCAGCAACAAGGUGGAACAAAAACCAGAGAAAACACAGAGAAAAAUGCUUUCCAGAGAUUCCAGCCAAGACUACACAGACUCAACUAGCAUAGACCUCCAUGAGUUCCUUGUCAACAAGCUGAAAAACAACCCCAGAGAUCGAAUAAUGCUGCUGAAGUUGGAGCAAGAUAUCCUGGACUUCAUCAGCAAUAAAGAAAGCCAGAAGAGGAAGUUCCCUCCCAUGACCUCGUACCACCGGAUGUUGUUACACCGAGUGGCUGCCUACUUUGGAAUGGACCACAACGUGGACCCCAGCGGGAAGUCUGUGGUCAUCAACAAAACCACCAACACCAGAAUACCCCAUCAGAAAUUCUGCGAGCACAUCCAGGAUGACAGGGCCGACGACAUUCAGAAACGCUACAUUCUGAAACGAGACAACUCCAGCUUUGAUCGUGAAGACAGCGCGGUUCAUAUGCGUCUUACAGGUGACAAGAGGAGCAAAUCGAUGGAGGAUAGAGAGGACGAGUACCAACAAGCCAGGGACAGGGGAGAUCACGUCACUCUAAGUGAAAGGGUCCAGGAGAAAGAAGAACGCAUGAGCACCCAGCAGAGACGGCAGAUGUUCAGGCUGAGGGCUGGUCGAUCGAGCGGCAGCCGUCAAAGCAGCUCCGAGGCGGAGGUUCUGUGGCGAUGCGGUGAGCCUCGGCCGUGGAGCAGUACCGACAGCUCGGACAGCCUCAACCGCCCACCCCCACGGCCCCCCAUCACCAAGGCCAGUAGCUUCAAUGGCACCCCCGUGGGCUUCGUCCAAGGAGACAGCUCAGCGAGCAGCAGCAAGAGCACUGCGUUCUCCAAAACAGGUUCUGAAUGUUCCAGUAGCGUGGGCUCAUCUUCCAGCUCGCUAUCUCGUCCGCAACUGUUUCUCCCGGGUCCAGCCCCGUCGAGAGCCAACGCCAUCCCCAGCACACCUGUGUCCCAAUCAGACGCGAGUGGCAGAUGUCCCGGGCGCGCUCAGGGGGAUAAGAGCGGCCCGUCGCAGCAGCCCCCAACUCCCACCACAACAAAUUUCUACGUCUUGCCAUUGGAAGCCACAGGAAUACCACCGGGCAGUGUUCUAGUCAGCCCACACACUGGCCAGCCCUUCCCUGGUUCGGAUGGCAGCUCUGCAUUGUACAACCCCGCCACCCCCGCGCUCCCCACUGUCAAGAGCCCUCAGCAGGGGCAGGCCAGCCAGCAGGCGGCCGCUCCUGCUGCCCAGCAACAGCCAGCCAAUCACAUCCACUCCCAGCCUGAUUCUCUGAACACCCAGUUCAGUCACAUGACGCUGGCACCGCAGCUGCCUGGUGACGGCGGGGCCCAAGCCGUGGACCCCAACCACUGCCCGCCUAUGUACCACCACCACCACUACCCGUCCUCGAUGGUGCUCCAAGCGACCCCUCUGCAGCAGGUGGCCGGCUACAUAGUGGCAGGGCCGUCGGGUGGGCCUCCGGGGCAGCAGGUCCCAGCCCAGGCCCCGGUGCCCACGUACCCUGGCGCCAGCCUGGGGGCUGGCAUUUUUCCUGGGCAAAACUUGAGUCAGUCGCUUCUCCAGACACCCGCCUACAUCCAGCCACCAGUUCAGCAAGUGGCCAGUUGUUACUGUGCUCCCUCCCACUACCACAACUGUUCCAGCCAGCAGCACCACUACCGGACCCCCGUCACCCCCCUGCCCUAUAACUGCCCCCAGGGCCACAACCUGCCCCAGCAACAAGUUUACCAGGCCGCCAUGUCGAACCCGGCGCCUGGCUACCAGACCAUAGUGGGCGUACAACCAAAUCCCAGCCCCGCCCUCGCCAGCCAGCAGAGCAAUAUUGGAAGCCAGAUGCAAGGCCUGAUGGUCCAGUACCCUCCAAUGGCGUCUUAUCAGCAGGUUCCUGUGCCCCAGGGCUCCCAGUUGGUGCCCCAUCAAUCGUACCAGCAUCCGGUGGUGGUGCCGUGCCAGCCAGGACAGGGCGCGGUGGCCGUGGCCGGUAUGCAGCCCUACUACGGCCUCCUCCCGCCGAGCCAGCAUGCCACCAUGAGUUCAACAGUGAGUUUCUUGCCUGCCCCGCUUGUGGAGCAUUUGCAGUGUUCACAGGCCUCAUCUUGUGUCUCCCAUCUGCCCUCGGGGCAGCAGUGCACAGGUGUCCUCGAGCCACCGUCUGCUAAUGGAAUGGUAAUGAUGCAGCUCACCGUGCCUCCCGGCCAGCAGCCCCGGCCCAACUCCCCCGGCCAGCGAAAACAGCCCAGCCACAAGCACCCCAGCCUGGGGCCCCAGCGCAGCCACAGGCCCACGGUGACGCGAAUGCCCCCGGACAACUCCCAGAACAGGGUCUAUAUAGCCAGCAGCGCCUCCUUCCCGACGCAGCCCCCGUCGUCAGGCCACCCGGGCAGCCUCAAGGGCUUCCCCUCCAGCAUGUCACCCAUCCCCAUCAUGGCUCAUCACUACAAGCAGUUUCCUGCAGCCUUCUGCCCCGGUGGACAAGGUGAAGCACACUACUCUCUACUGGGCCAGGCUCUUCAUUACCAGCCGUCCAUCAGACCUCCGCUGCUGCACACAGCCCAUAUGGUGGCCAGCCAACAGGCUCCCCUGGGGGUGUGGCACAGCGGUCAGGGGAGGAAAGCCAUCAGAAAAGCCCUGUCUGCAGAUCUCAGUGUAGGUGAACCAGUGAGCGGACGGGUCCUCGAGGUGACCGACCUACCAGAGGGGAUCAGCUGCAGCGAGGCCCUCGGCCUCCUGGGAGAACUUUGCAAUGGCGGCGCCAUAAUAAAAUGGCUGACCGAACAGCCUGCCCGCUGGUGCAGCCCGGCAGCCAGCGGGGUGCACGCGGGCAGCCACCGGCCCCCGAAAGACCUGGCUUCAUCCUACACCAUCCUGGCCAUGUUCCCCUCCAAGUACGCUGCGCAGAGCGCACUGCUCCGCCAUGGCGGCAACCUCGCCACCUUUAAACUCCGAACUAGUGACAGACACAAAGAGAAGCUGUGCGACCCAGGGAAGGCCAGUCUACUGUAGCUUCUUGGUACAUCCGUGGGGCGCUCGUAACCCAAAUCGAACACACACCCGACCGCCUGCCUCCGCCGCCACUGUUCGCAUCCAUCUCGGCCAUAGUCCCACGCUUUCUCCGUGUGAAAUGACCUCAAAUGUCUGGCGUGUUGUCAGUUUUACUCUCUGCAGGCUUCGAGGCGACGUCAACCCGCAAGGCUAUGUGCAUAUCAGCUAAACGCCGAGGUUGAGAAGAUCGUCUAGUCCAGCAAGCCAAACUUCCUGGUCACAAGUCUUACGACGGUUUUAUUCUCAAUUUCCUGUUUCUCGUUAAUAUUGCGUAAUUGGCUGGUGAGGUUGGAAGGGUGGGGGUUUAGCAGCCAUUGUGGCCUGUAGACUCCCAAAAGAUUGUAAUAUUCCGCUGGUGUCCGCGGCGCCUCGAAGAGCCUCGAGUUCUACAGACAUUUGAAGUCAUUUUAUAAACCUGUUUGCUGCUACUCAGUAGGCCCCCAUUUAAGUUGCUGGUUCGGGGCUAGGUCGUCCGUUUAAGUUGCUGGUUUGGGGCUAGGUCGUCCAUUUAAGUUGCUGAUUCGGGGCUAGGUCGUCCAUUUAAGUUGCUGGUUCGGGGCUAGGUCGUCCGUUUAAGUUGCUGGUUCGGGGCUAGGUCGUCCGUUUAAGUUGCUGGUUUGGGGCUAGGUCGUCCAUUUAAGUUGCUGAUUCGGGGCUAGGUCGUCCAUUUAAGUUGCUGGUUCGGGGCUAGGUCGUCCGUUUAAGUUGCUGGUUUGGGGCUAGGUCGUCCGUUUAAGUUGCUGAUUCGGGGCUAGGUCCUCCAUUUAAGAUGCUGGUUCGGGGCUAGGUCGUCCGUUUAAGUUGCUGGUUCGGGGCUAGGUCGUCCGUUUAAGUUGCUGAUUCGGGGCUAGGUCGUCCAUUUAAGGUGCUGGUUCGGGGCUAGGUCGUCCAUUUAAGUUGCUGAUUCGGGGCUAGGUCGUCCAUUUAAGGUGCUGGUUCGGGGCUAGGUCGUCCGUUUAAGUUGCUGGUUUGGGGCUAGGUCGUCCAUUUAAGGUGCUGGUUCGGGGCUAGGUCGUCCAUUUAAGUUGCUGGUUCGGGGCUAGGUAGUCCGUUUAAGUUGCUGGUUCGGGGCUAGGUUGUCCGUUUAAGUUGCUGGUUCGGGGCUAGGUUGUCCGUCGGCACAUGUGCAUUUUUUUAGGGUGAGACAUGAAAAAGUAACGGACUGGGGCACCAGACCUACUUUUUUUUCUGUAUUUAUCUUGCAGCAACCACGUGAACAGAAAGUGUGCUUGAUCCCACUUGCGGAGCCAGGUCGUGUAUGGCGCCCUGCAGAAGUAUU